CGGACGGACGCACGGGCCCGCUCUGAAACAUCUGCCGUCAUCAGACGUGCUUCGGCGAGGGGGGGCCGCUUUGCUGACUCAACGGGCUGAUCCCUCCACAUUCUCCCCACCCCCGUCGCCGCCGCCGCUUGGCCACAUCAGGUCUGAGCGUUUGCAUUCUUCUGCAGCCUUUGUCCUUAAUGGCCGUUUUUGGCGUUUGUUAAUUGCGUGCACGUUACGUUUGCCGUAAGAGAUGCACGCUGCAUAUCCUGCUGCUGCUGCUGCUGCUGCUGCUGAGAUGAAAUAAGCGUCCUCUUCGUGCUUCGGGAGAAGGACACAGGAGGAGGGUUGGAGAAAACGCCGGAUUUAAGGGAUUGUUAUUUGGUUUGCAGCGCCCCCCUCCAUAACAAAACAAAACAAAAAACAAAAACAAAAAAACAACAAAAUCGUGGAUUCCAAUCUCCAGAGGUGAUGUGAGGAGGACCCAAACUACACCAGGGUGGAAUCCGCAGAGGAGCUGUCCGUGCGUCGUGGUGCUGAUGCGGCUGUGAGGCGAGCAUGGCUGCCGGGAAGUUGCUGCUCUAUGCCGGGCUCGCUCUGUCUCUCUGCGCCUUGGGCAUGCUGGCCGUGGCGAUGUGCUCCGACCACUGGUACGAGACCGACGCCAGGCGCUACAAGGAGCGCUGCCAGAGCUUCUCCAGCCGCCGCAAGGACCCGGGCUUCAUCUACAUCCCCAACAACAGCCUGCCGCUGCGGGCCGGCAGGAGCGCCGCGACCCGCUGGACGGAAAAGGUGCUCCUGGCCCGCAACCGGCGGCAGCUGUUCGCCAUGAGCGCCGCGGACGAGUGCAACAGGCAGUACAACUCCACCAACAUGGGGCUGUGGAGGAAAUGCCACCGGCUGGGCUUCGACCAGGGAGUCGAAGAUCUCAUUCGGAAAGGUUCCAUCGGAAGAUGCUCCUACAUCAAGUACCACUACUCCUCGGGCACAAUACCCAAAAAUCUCUCCUACAACAUCACCAAGACGAUAAGGCAGGAUGAGUGGCACUCCCUCCAUUUACGGCGGAUGACGGCGGGGUUCAUGGGCAUGGCGGUGGCCAUCAUCCUGUUCGGUUGGAUCAUCGGCGUGCUCGGGUGCUGCUGGGACCGAGGACUCAUGCAGUACGUGGCGGGCUUGCUGUUCCUGAUGGGAGGCACCUUCUGCAUCAUCUCGCUGUGCACCUGCGUCGCCGGCAUCAACUUCGAGCUCUCGCGCUACCCGCGCUACCUGUACGGCCUGCCCGACGACAUCGGCCACGGCUACGGCUGGUCCAUGUUCUGCGCCUGGGGGGGUCUGGGCCUGACCCUCAUCGCCGGCUUCUUCUGCACGCUGGCGCCGUCCGUGCAGCCCAUCCCGAGGUCCACCUGCCCCAAGUCGCGCCAGGAGAAUGGCACCGUGUGCUAA